AUGUCAGAUGAAGGUGGGCAGAGCUUCAGCCAGAGCUUGGAGCUGGUGGUCCAUGAGAAGCCUCAUGAUGGGGAGAAGCCCUAGAAGUGGUUGGAGUGUUGGAAGAGCUUCAGGAAGAGCAACACCCUGAUCUGCCACCAGAUUAUCCACACCAGGGAAUGGCCCUACGAGUGUGGGGAGUGUGGGAAGGGCUUCAGCUGCAGCUCUGCCCUUGUCACCCACCAACGCAUCCACACUGGGGAGAGGCCCUACGAAUGUCCCAAGUGACAGAAGAGGUUUCACACCAGCUCUGAUCUCCUCUGCCACCAGCAGAUUCACACAGAGGAGAGGCCCUUCUGCUGCCCUGAGUGUGGGAAGGGCUUCAAGCACAACUCCACCCUUGUCACCCACCAGUGCAUCCACAUCGGGGAGAGGCCCUACGAGUGUGAGGAAUGUGGGAUGAGCUUCAGCCAGAAGUUCUCAUUGAUUCGCCACCAGAUCAUCCACACUGAGGAAAGGCCAUACAAGUGCGAGCAAUGUGGGAAGGGCUUCAGCCAGAGGUCCAAACUGAUCAUCCACCAAAUGAUCCACACUGGGGAGAGGCCCUACAUGUGUCCUGAGUGUCAGAAGAAGUUUAAGACCUGCUCAAAUCUCUUCUGUCAUCAGCAGAUUCACAGAGAGGAGAGACCCUUCUGCUGCUCCAACUGCAGGAAGGGCUUCAAGUGCAACUCCACCCUUGUCACCCACCGGCACAUGCACACUGGGGAGAGGCCCUACGAGUGUCCCCGGUGUGGGAAGAGCUUCACCCAGAGCUCUCACUUGACCAAACACCAACGGAGGCACUAGUAAAGGAAGCCCUGCGAGUCCCUGAACUGCAUGAAGAGC